AUGAAUAAUAGUAAAAAAAUUAAUGUAAGUUAUUCAUCAUUAGUUGGUUUAAAAGCAGAACUUCUUCGUAAACAUGCAGAAGUUGAAGAAGUCAAAGCUAAGCAGGCUGUUACAAAGACCAGUUUACCAAAAGCUAGAGCUAAAACAAAAACAAUUAAAAAUAAAGAAGAGAAAAAAUCUGAUAAAUCAGGAAAGGAUAAUUUAAUCAAAGAGGAAAUUGUCGAAAAAAAGAUUGAAAAUGAAAAUGAAAAUAAUAAUAAAACACAGUAUAAAUUUAUUCCACCAGAAAAAGAACCAGAAAUAGAAAUAAUGCGAAAAAAAUGGGAAGAACAAGAAGAAAAAUUAACUCACAAAUCAGAUAUUCAUUAUCAGGAUGUUUUGUUUGAUGAAGCAAGAAAUCAUGGUGUUGGUUACUAUGCUUUUUCACAAGAUGAAGAAGAGCGAGCUAAACAACAAGCCAAUCUUGCUAAACUUCGGAAAGAAACUGAACAAAGACAAAAAGAGCUUGAAGAAAUAAAAGAAUUAAAAAGUAAAAUGGAAUUGAAUAGAUUGAAAGCUGCUAGAGUUAGACAAAGGAUCAGAGCUGGUCUUCCACCAGAGCCUACUGAAGAAGAAAUUGCCAAAGACAGUCAGGUAACUACAGCUGAAUCUUCUUUACCUGAAUCAGCGACUGCUGACUGUCAGCCAGCUGCUUCUACUGCUUCUGAAUCAGAAACUUUAACUGAAAAUAAUUCACAAGAUUCUGAGCAUCAAGAAAAAAAUAAUUUGAAGACUAUUGAAGAUAAAAUCAAGGCAUUUGGAGAACUUCUAGGCAAGCGGCCGAAAUGGCGAGAAUUGUCUCAAGAUGAAUGGAUUCAAAAACGUCGCAAAGAUCGUCAUGGUGAAUUCGCUCCGAUUUAUGAUAAUUUUACGAGUAGAGGAUAUUUAAAACAAAGCAGGGACUACCAAUUCGUAGCAAAACAACUUGACGAAGAAGAUGAUCCUUUGAGGCUUAAAAUCAAUGGACCAGAUCCUACAGAUUUAUGGGACGAAUAUAGCCCAGACAAUCUAGAUCAAGAGGAUGAUGACAAACAAAAAGUGAAACCUUCGGAUGCUAUUAUUACUCCUCAAGUAUCGAAUGUUAAAAAUAUUCAAAAUUCUACAUUGUCAGCUCCGUCAGAUAUUUCUACAAUUGAUUUUUCGCAACCUCCUCCACCGAUUAAUUUUAUACCAACACCUGUACCCAAUUCUUCUGUGCAUUCUCAUGUGCCUAGUGAAGUUAAUCCACCUGUAACAUCUCAUCAUUCAAGUGAUUCAAGUGACGAUGACUCGGAUAUUAUUGGACCACUUCCACCUUCAACAGUUACUAAGGAU